GGCUGGCUGCCCCAGUUCACAUGGCAAGACGGGGGAUGUCAUGGUCAUACUCCUUUGCUCCUGGCUCACUCUCGCCAGUGCCCAGCUCCCCACGCCCAUCUCCCUGCCCGCUCAGAUCAACGUGGCCCUGCCAUGGCGUGCCCUCACGCUCUCCCAGUCAGACUUGGGAGUGCUGUUCUCCAACUCCAGCCCCUUCUCCCACACCCAGUCCCUACUGCUCAUGCCACCGCCAGAGCCCAGCACCAAGGCAGGCGUCAGGGCAUCCUUUGGGCCUUACUCUGUCACACAGAUGGUUUCCACACCUAUCCUGCCUCUGUCCCCUCCCCUCUCGGCAUCCCUCCUCACCAAAACAGUCUUGAGGGAAAAGCAGGGGGAGAAAGGAGAGAGGUUUGAGGUCAGAGUGCUGUUCCACGUGAGGGGAGACGCUAACAAGGGCACCUGCGUCACUCUCCACGCAUUCAAGGAGACACAGGAGCAAAGAGCUUCCUGCAUAACCCAGUCUCCGCUUGGUCUGUGUGUGGUCUCCCUGAGUCUACCCAAGGACUGGUUUGAGCUGGGUCAGACCGCCCAGGCCGGAACACGACACAACCCCAGGCAGAGGCCCCAGCACAGGCACCGGCAGCGGAGUACGACCCACCGACGUCGCCACAGCACACCCAGCGCACUGCGACAUCAGCCCAGCUCUCCAUCCCUUGACCACAUCCACCUCUACUACUCUUCGUCUGGCACUGUGCCCCACCUCAAACUGCCUCCCCGUGGGUGUGACGCGGAUGAUACCCAGUCACAGCAGAGGAAGCUGUACUAUGUUGGGGCCGUGGCAGAGCCAGAGAGGGAUAGGGACCUCAAGCACAAGGCAUCAGGGUGUUCGGGCGGGAGGGACGUGGAGGAACUGAGGCUGGAUUACAAUGUCAUGCUACGGUAUCGCCGAGGCCCGGUCCACGCAGGCCAGCCUAUCGGGAUCUCCAUAAACCUCCGGUCGAAUUUCACCGGUGAUUCCAUCACUAUCAGGCUGAAGGUAAAGAAGGGAUUUCUGGCUUUGGUGGAUCAACCUUCCAUGAACUCCAACCUCUGGAUUGCCACUUUGGAGAAAAGCACGGGCUCCAAGCAUGACACCGUGUCCAUAAUCUGUCAGAAAGUUGGCUCUCAAUCGGCUCAUCUAAGUCAAACAGAUCUACAGGAGGUUGCCUGUCUUUUUGUUGAUGCAUUGAAGAGAAGUUUUGGAGUUGCAAUGACGGUGCCCAUAGCUUGGUGGGUGGAGUACUCGAGUCGUGGCACCAAGGCCUUUCCACAUGGCGCAGUGACUAGCUUCCUGUCAUUCACUGACAGAAAUAUUGUGGGCAUUGCUCCCAUCACAGAGAGUAGUACGAUCAUAAAUACUGCUAUUUUGACCAGCCAGCCAGUGACCCUUCCUGUAACCGUGCUGGGUAUUUCAAAUGAUGGAAAGGUUUCUGACCUUACAUUGGCAGUAAGAUGCCAAUCUGCCAACGAAGAUAUCAUCAAGGUGUCAAGUGACUGCGCCACCCUGUUUGUGGAUGGGAGCGAAUCAGGGGUGGGCAGUUCCUGCGUUGCCGUGGAGUUCUCCCUGGGUAGCCUGAGUGGGUCCGUCUGCCUGUCAGUGUGGGCCCCCCUGGUGCCCCUCCGCAUCUCUCUCUCAGACUCUGUCCUCAGUGCUAUUGACGGCUGGAGCUACUUUAACCAGGGCCGAUGCACCCCGGUUUACCAAAGGUCCACCGUGCAGGUCCUGGCACAGUUCAGUGCACAACUGCCAACCCGCAAGGGCCCACCAAGCUACAUGCUGGGCUCCCCAGACUGGUUUGUGGACGUUACGGAAAUGGUGUGGGACUGGCUGCGGGUGGGGAAUCCACGAGUGGCAACCCUCAGCAAGCAGAGACACCUGGUUGGGCUGGAACCCGGAAUAACGACACUUCAUGUGAUCUCCAGCCAAUGGGAUGGCGUGCUGGGCAGUGUGGAGGUGGUGGUGUCGGCUGAGCCGGUGGCUCCGGGGGACCUGUCGGUGCAGCUGGUUGGUGGGCUCGGCCUUGCCAUCAGCCAGAACCCUGCUCAUCAGUCCGUCAUCUCCGCUGCAGUAACAGCGCACAAUAUUCUCUACAACUACGGCCAGGAGGCCUCAGUUAGCAUCUGGCUCCAGUUCAGCGAUGAGACAGCCAUCCUGGUGUCGGCAUUCAGCAGUGUCCCGUACUCCCUACGCCUCUCUUCACUGGCUGAGACGGUGGUGGUCGUGACGCCCGAGCCACUGCAGCGCAUCCUGGCCCAGGGAGAGGGGGGCGGCCCCCUGGUUAAGGCAGAGCUCCUCGUCUCUACCUGUGACGCGCUGUCCAACGACGUCGAGGCCAACAUGGGAGGGACUAGAAGACUGGCCAAAGGAUCCGGUUGGAUACGAGUGAAUUUGGACUCGGAGGUGUGGCCAGUAGGAAGUGACGCGGACAACGAGAUGUUUGACUUUUCGGACAUGCUUGCGGAGUCCGACAAGGACGUCUAUGGCAACUUUGGUGACAAACCUGGCACGGGCAACAUGACCGCUGACUACUCUGACAGUGCUGGCGACGGUGUGAUUAUGCGCAACGCACUAGAGAGGGCAGUUUUGACUCCCAACCACCAGGAGAGCGCUGUGUACUUCUCCCCAGGUGUGGGCAAAGAGAAAGAGCGCCCCCUGCAGGGAGACAGGGACCUUGAGGUGGGACUAGGGGCAGUGCUCUCCCUCAUCUGCCUCUCUGCCCUGCUCUUUCUGGCCAACUGCCUGCCCUGUGCCCUUCGGGACAGGAAAAAGAGGAAGCAGAGGGAGAAAGAGGAGCCAGCAGCACCACAGGGAGUGACUGGAGCUGCACAGGGGGAAGCCUCACAAGAAAAAGUCAACUCCAGGAAGGGAGGAUUAGAGGUUGAAGUGGAGGAAUGUGUUGAAAAAGAAGAUUAGAUUGCAAAAGCAAAAAAAAUGAAAUGUAUUGAAUGGAGAAUUCACAAGUGGGGGAUGC